UUCCAGGGUUCGGGCCGGAGAGAGGCCUUGUAGGUACAGACGCUGAGGCUCGGUCGGCUCCGAGGAGGGGCUCCUGCCCGGGUGGGAGUCCGGGGUUCCGCGCCCGCCAACCCGUGCCUUGCCCCCUCCCAGCUCCCGGGCCGACGAAAUGACCAUUAAGAAGUAGAUGCCCAGAUGCCAAAGUAAUGAAACAGUCAAUUUGUCAUAAAGUAAGAUGCAGCUGUGGCUUUUCAACCAGAUUAGGACAAAAUUGUAUCUAUUUUUCUCAGAAGAGAAUUCCACAAGGACAGGUUUUCUUCAGUCCUUAAGGAUUCAGCUCCUUACAUGGGCUUUGGCAGAGGUCAUGAGGCAGCAUCUAAAAAACAAAAAUGAGAGGAAUCUGGUUUAAAUUGCAGUACAAGGAAUUUAGAUUAGACAUAAAGCGUUUCCAGAAAAUAAAGUACCAGAUAUUGAAGUGAUUUGUUAAGUCAGCAAACAAAGAAAACAUGGUGUUUUGAAGUAUGAUUAAACUCCUGAUGCUGCAGCAGAGGCUAAGAAUAUUAAUGGCCAGAUCUAGUGCUCACAUGGUCUUCUGAAGAAGCCAUGGGUAGCUGUUGUAGCUGUCCAGAUAAAGACACUGUCCCAGAUAACCAUCGGAACAAGUUUAAGGUCAUUAAUGUGGAUGAUGAUGGGAAUGAGUUAGGUUCUGGCAUAAUGGAACUUACAGACACGGAACUGAUUUUAUACACUCGCAAACGUGACUCGGUAAAAUGGCACUACCUCUGCCUCCGACGCUAUGGCUAUGAUUCGAAUCUCUUUUCUUUUGAAAGUGGUCGAAGGUGUCAAACUGGACAAGGAAUCUUUGCCUUUAAGUGUGCUCGUGCAGAAGAAUUAUUUAAUAUGUUGCAAGAGAUUAUGCAGAAUAAUAGUAUAAAUGUAGUGGAGGAGCCAGUUGUUGAAAGGAAUAAUCAUCAGACAGAAUUGGAAGUCCCCAGAACACCUCGAACACCUACAACUCCAGGGUUUGCUGCUCAGAACUUACCUAAUGGAUAUCCCCGAUACCCCUCAUUUGGAGACGCUUCAUCCCAUCCUUCAAGCAGACAUCCUUCUGUGGGAAGUGCACGCCUGCCUUCAGUAGGUGAAGAGUCUACACAUCCCUUGCUUGUGGCUGAGGAACAAGUACAUACCUAUGUCAACACUACAGGUGUACAAGAAGAACGGAAAAACCGCACAAGUGUGCAUGUCCCAUUGGAGGCGAGGGUUUCUAAUGCUGAAAGCAACACACCAAAAGAGGAACCAAGUAAUAUUGAGGACAGGGACCCUCAGAUUCUUCUUGAACCUGAAGGAGUCAAGUUUGUCUUAGGACCAACCCCAGUUCAAAAGCAAUUAAUGGAAAAAGAGAAACUGGAACAACUUGGAAGAGAUCAAGUCAGCGGAAGUGGCGCGAAUAACACGGAAUGGGACACUGGCUAUGACAGUGAUGAACGAAGAGACGCGCCCUCUGUUAACAAACUGGUGUAUGAAAAUCUAAAUGGGCUAUCUCUCCCCAGUGCCUCAGGGCUCAGGAGAGGUCGUCUGCCGUCCACCAGUACCUCAGAUACCCAGAAUAUCAACAACUCAGCUCAGAGAAGAACUGCAUUGUUAAACUACGAAAAUCUACCAUCUUUGCCUCCUGUUUGGGAAGCCCGCAAGCUAAGUAGGGAUGAAGAUGACAAUUUAGGACCAAAGACCCCAUCUCUAAAUGGCUACCAUAAUAAUCUUGAUCCAAUGCAUAACUAUGUAAAUACAGAGAAUGUAACAGUGCCGGCAAGUGCUCACAAAAUAGAAUAUUCGAGGCGUCGAGACUGUACACCAACAGUCUUUAACUUUGAUAUCAGACGCCCAAGUUUAGAACACAGGCAGCUCAAUUACAUACAGGUUGACUUGGAAGGUGGCAGUGACUCUGACAACCCUCAGACUCCAAAAACGCCUACCACUCCCCUUCCACAGACCCCUACCAGACGCACAGAGCUGUAUGCUGUGAUAGACAUCGAGAGAACUGCUGCUAUGUCAAAUCUGCAGAAAGCACUGCCACGCGACGAUGGUACAUCUAGGAAAACUAGACACAAUAGUACUGAUCUGCCCAUGUGAGCCCGGAAACCAUUACAUUGUUUGCACCUUUGUGAAGUUUUAAAAAAUGAAGAUGCAAGUGCUUCAUUUUUAUUUCUAAACACUAACUCCUUUUAUAGACUGAUAAAAAAUUUUUUUUCUGACUAUUUCAUGUGCUUCUUUAAAGGGAAUUAAAAUGUAGAGCAGGUACUCAUAAAAGAACACUAAUUUCAUUCUAUACUACUCAUUACUGUACAGCAGCAUUCCCAUUUUCACAGUGCCUAUUUAAAAUGAGAAUUGAAGUGAGUGACAUGCUGGUCAAUUUUUAUUAAGAUUCUGGACUCAUGCAUAUCAUUCACGUCUAAGUCAUGGUUGGCAUUUAAAGCAUAUUAUAAAGCCUCUGAUAAUGUGCAUUGCUAACAGAUAACUCUAGGCUUUGAAAGUACUCUUUGUAGAUUUACUAUUCAUGGUAUGUGACCUCCAGCAUGUAACAUGAGGAAUCCUUUAUUUCAUUAAUUGUAGGCUUUUUGACUUGAGCCAGGACAUAUGUAUGGAAAUAGAAGUACCACACCUCCUAUGUACCAGUCAGUUCCUUAGCCUUCAGCAUUUCUAGAAAGAGCCCUACGUUCGUGAACGUGGUUUGCUGUUGGUGUGUUGAAAUGCAAGAAAAAGACGAGAUUUUAUGUUUACUCAUCUCAUGGUGUCAUUUGAAAGGCGUGCCCAGAUAUCUUAGUCAGAAUUAUACAUAGGCUCAAGAAUCAGUCUCAGGUCACUUUAUCCAAAAACAUUUGAAAAUCUGAACCGUGAUCUCUUGAAAGUUUCUGUCCUACAGAUUAUUAACAGUAACAUUGUUUUCUGGAGGCAUUUGUGCCAUUAGAUUGCCAUUUACCUUCAAGUUUUUCCUUUGGUGUUUGGGAUGUCUAAUUUUGUUGCUUCAUGUCUUUUUCAAUUUAGGAUGUUUGAGUUUGUAUAUAGUUUUGAAAUUGGAUUAUGUGUUCAUUGUUGUUUAGUUUGCAUUUUUGUCAAAUUGUGGUUUUGAAGGUUCAUUUGGAACUUACUGUUAUUCUAUAACAGGGUUGCCCUUGUCCAGUAUUUAUUUAUAUGCCGUUUACUUUUCAAGUUGAUAAAAGCAUUCUCACAAUUUUAAAUUUCACUUGUGUUCAUAGGUGAUCUCUUAAGCAGCUGAGAAGAAAAAAAAAAAGGAAGCUACUUUUAACAUGCAAAUUUCCCUAAAGGUACUGUGUUUUCUCUGUGGGCACUCUCCCAGCACUUUAGCAGUGAUUCCCUCAGUCACACGGCUGCAAUUGUACUUUGCCCACUGUAGUGCUCCUCAGCUCUGCUGUCUUUCACUCAUAGCUGGAUCUUGGAUUAUCCCUUGAUUUUAGUAGAAUGUUAAGAUUGUUGCCAGCAUAGCAGGUACAGUGGAAGUCUUAUAGCAAUGACAUUGUGUCAUAAUUUAGGAUUGAAAAUGAAUUGAAGUUUAUAUAAACUGAUGAGAGUCCAUAUGUCUAGCUCUUGGAAAAUCAAGAAUUUUCCAGUUUCCCAAAUCCUAGAGAAGACAAGAGAAGGUAGAGUGGAAAGAAGGUUGGAUAACCUUGCAAAAUAUGUCGCUGUCUCCUCUAAAUAUGAGGAAGUUUGAGAUUUUGGUCUGGAUCUACCAGAUGUAACUAAGGUUAAUUUAGCAUGAAAAAGUUUCAGUCAUAUAGCAUCCAAUCUGUUCCAUAAAUGACCUAAUUAUAGGACAGUGAAUGGAUUAGCAAAAUAAUAGGGUGGGACCAUUAUAAAGAAAAUAAAUUAUUAAAGAUGUCUUUAUCAUUUUUAGUGCCACUGGUUUAUGUGCAUAGCAGAAUUUUCUUUCUUUUCUGUGAAUUUGGUGCUUACCAAAGUGUUCCCUGUUCUCUAAAAAGAGAGCAGUGGUAUAGGUAUGCAGUUUCCAUUUUAAUGUAUUGUUCCAUUUAUGCUUUAUUCUGAGUAGAUUGCUAAUCGUGCCAAAUUUAUGUGAUGAUUUUUGUAAUGUGGAAUAAGAGUUAUGAUGGAACCAGUGCACAUGGUUUUCUCCGAAACAAGCAGUCAAGACAGAACUUUAACCUCCAAACAAAAGGGCUGACCUAUUUACUCAUUUUGGAGGUUGGAUACUUUCUUUUCUUACUUUUCCUCAGCCUUUUCAUUUUUCCUUCCAGAUUCUGAUUAGUUUUUAUAUUUUUUAAGCAACUAUAAUAUAACCAUUGCAGUUUAUUCUUUCAAUACUGUGUGCUUUGAAAAUGAAAAUGGGACCAAUUUGUCUGUUAAGAAUUUGAUUUUUAGGUACUACGAGUAUUAGGGAAGAUGUAUACAACUGGUAUUAAUUUCGAGAUGUCUCUGGAAAUCACCUGCGUUCCUAUUUAAUUAAAAAUAAUGUAGAACACUAUUUGUCCUCUGCAGUAGUCUAGUAAUGGGCAUUAAGCUCUGUCCUGGAAGAAUUGUACCAAUUACUAGGUGCAUUUUAGAAUGAGAUAUUUUAUUGGGAUAUAAUUGUGGCCAUAUGUUUCAGAUUUUCUGAGACAGACCUAAUUUUAGAUAUUCUGUUCUGUUGAUAGAUCAUGUGAUCCCACUUUUUGGUUUUGGAAAUAUAAUCAUUGAUCAUAUGCUUUCCCCCUAAUAGAAUCCUGUUUUAUCCAUGUAGAUCGUAACAGCUUUUAUCCCAGACCAGGGCUGGAAACUGAUGUGGGUAUUACAUGUGUUUUUUCUUAGUGUGUUUUAUUUCCCAGGUUCAUCUUCCUUUCAAAAUGAAAAUAUGGUGCCUUCCCUCCCUCCAGGAAGAUUGGCAAAUAGUUCCUUUUAUUUACUGCUGCUGUGGAGUGAUGAGAUAUGCACUUUACUUUUGAAGACUCAGCAAAAAGCUUUUCACUUCUCAGUAUAUCCAGAAUAGAUCACAUUUUGGACUUAAGAAAAUUUGCCAAGCAGUCUUUGUUUUUACAGAUAUUAAUGUUGACCCCACAGUUCAGUGUUGUGAGUCAAGCUAGUGUUUGUGUAUCCCCCCCCCACCAAAAAAAAUCUGUGGCGCAAAGUAUAAAAAUGUACCUCAAUAAUGUUCUAUUAAAAAUGGGACAGGGGCCUUAUGUUUUCAUAAUUUCCCAAUAAUGUGCCACCAUAUUUUUGCCUCAAGGUAAAGGUUUUAACAAGCUAAAAAAUACAUCCCAUUUCCUCUUGUGCUGUUCCUAACCCAUAAUGUCCAAGUGUUUUGUGCAAUGUGUAGUGUGUGUGUAUAAAUAUAUAUGUGUAUAUUUGUAUAUACAUAUAUAUAUAUAUAUAUAUAUAUAUAUCUCCUUGAAAUAGACAUACCAUCAGAGACAACAUUCAGAAGUAACUGAUGUAUUGGCCUCUCUUUCUAGUCUCUGAUAUGUGAGGUAUAUGGUACUAAAUUACCUUUUCCCUGAUGUUUGCCAAAUUUGAAUAAAGGCAUUGGUACAAAAUCACAGAAUGUAUAGAAAAUGUUUUUGGCUUGAAAAAUUAACAAAUAUUUUAUGACAUACCACAAUAUACUCUGCCCAAACCAGCACCCUAUCUUUCCUGUUCUUUACGUCCCUUUUCCCCAUCCCUACGUCCUCUUUUUUUUUUUUUUUUUUUGGUGUAACACAAUUCUUUUGUAGCAUCAUUACAAUUGCAGUUCUAUGACAAUUGGACAAUAAUAGCAUGGAAACGGACUGGUAUUAAUAGUACAGUAGUCACCAGUGUGCCACAUUUGCAUUGGUAAAUGCAAAAUACACAUUUUAUAAAGGACAAAUUUUGUGUUAUGUUUUUAUUUUCAUUACAUUGUAUAAUAUUGUAAGAUUAUGUAUGUCCUAAUUUGCAUUAUAAAUGUUUUUUUCCUACGUAAAGGCAUAAAUAUAGCAACUUUGUAUAAAGGUAGCUUAUUAGAUUUUUAAUUUUGUCUUUUAUAAAAAAUUGUCUAACAGUGGGACUACCAUUGCCAAAUUGUAUAUGAAAUAUGAAUUUUACCCCCUAUAGUUAAUUUCAUUUAUAAGCAUUCCAUAUUUCUCUAAUAAAAGACAUAAGUGAUA